AUGUCCCGAAUGAAUUUGGUCAAGGAGUACAAAAUUGUAGUAGUCGGAGGAGGAGGUGUCGGCAAGUCUGCACUCACCAUUCAAUUCAUCCAAUCUCAAUUCGUCGAUGAAUACGACCCAACCAUUGAAGACUCGUACCGAAAACAAUGUGUCAUUGAUUCCGAAACUGCUCUAUUGGAUGUCCUGGACACAGCCGGCCAAGAAGAAUACUCUGCCAUGCGAGAGCAGUACAUGAGAUCAGGAGAAGGGUUCUUACUCGUAUAUUCCAUGACUUCAAGGUCUUCAUUUGAAGAAAUCCAAACCUUCCACCAACAAAUCUUGCGAGUCAAGGAACGAGACUGGUUUCCCGUAGUGCUUGUUGGAAACAAGUGUGAUUUGGAAUCUGAAAGAUCAGUGUCUCAAGAUGAAGGACGAGCACUUGCCAAACAAUACAACUGUCGCUUCUUGGAAACUUCUGCCAGGAAUAAGAUUAACGUUGAUGAAGCCUUUUAUGCCUUGGUACGAGCUAUUCGAGAUGAAUUGAAAAAGAGUGGUGGUGGAGAUGGUAGAAAAAAGGCAAAGAAGACACGUUGUGAAAUCAUGUAA